GUAUUUUGCCAUCUCUAUAAACAUAGCACGCGGGUUUUGUUUUUAUAGUUUGAUCCACUUGUUAGCUCGUUUAAAAUGGCCCUUCUGACAGAGAAGCGCCCAACGAAGACAACUGCUCCCGCUGCCGACAACUCUCCGGAAGAAUCGGAAUCCGAGGGCAGCCAGAAUUCCGGUAGCGAGGCGGAGGGAAACGCCGGGUGGGCAGAUUCAAUCCUGAAAGUCCUCAAAACCACCAAGCCAGUAACCCAAAACAAAACCGUGCUAGCACGUGCCAAAAGCAGCCAGGCGGCAGUGCGACCUCAAAAAAACGCAGCCACAAAGAAGCCUGAAUUCGACUUCGAAAUUGAGAAAACGGAGCACGUGAAGGAGGAGGAAGAUGACGACAACGAUGAAGAUGAAAAGCCUGAGGCCUCAGCUUUGGAUGCCACGCUGACCAAGCAGCAGCGUAAGAAUGUGCCUCUACAGCUGCGUGUUAAGCCCAGCUAUCGGGAUUUGGAGCGCGAACGUACGCUCCGCAAAGUGGCCACCCGCGGUGUGGUGCAGUUCUUCAACGCCGUGCGCAUCCAGCAAAAAGAUCUGCAGCAGCAACUGGAGGAUGCGGGUCCGCUGGACAGCCGGCAAGAUGCGGUGCUCAACAACAUCAACAAGCGCAAAUUCCUGGACGUUCUGAUGAGCGGCAAGCGGGCCAAGUCGACAGCCAUUGACAAUGCUGUGAAGAAGGAGGAACAAGAGACGGAUGAGGAUGAAGAGGAUGAGGGUACAAGCGGCAAAAAGAAGUCCGAGUGGAAUGUGCUCCGCGAAGACUUUAUGACCAACAAAAAAAUUAAGCACUGGGACGAGGAAGACGAUGACGAGGAGGGCAACAACGAUGGGGCAGAUGAUAGCGACGAUGACGAUGGGGAGGAUUAGUUUUAAAUUUUUUAAUAAAUGUUAGUUUUUCAAUCAA